AUGGCUAUUCCACAUUCUAUCGAAAGUCGUACUGUUCCAUUUAAUGAUAGCUGGCUACCCAGAAUUGAUACUCUAAUGUCGAUUAAUUCUUCAUCUAUUCAACUCGUUUGGCGCCCAUCAUUUUCACUUGAAGACGUUGAUAUUGAUCAACUUUCCGGUAAUUUUACUGUCAGUCUCUAUGUCGGUACUCGAAACAGCGUCUCCAAUAAAGCUAUAGUUUACGAUGUGAGUAAACUGAAUACAUCAGAUUCGAUCACCAUCACUGGACUCGUACCCGAUACAGUCUAUCAUACAUGUUUUGAUAGUGAAUGGUACGAACAAAAAUCCACCAUUGAAGAUAAUACACAUCGUGCUAUUCCACCACCCAAAUGUCGACUGUUGCGAACAUAUACUACUGAUGGAACAACCCUAAAUUCUGUGCCAUCCAUUGGUAGUUAUUCAUGGGAGCAAACAAUGACAAACACCGGAGCAAAAGCAAUUACUAUCAGUGCUAGUGUGUCGUCAGAGCUGCCUUACAAAAAACGGAUUAUAACUGUUACACUUAGUUCGAAAAUGCAGACGAAAGAAAUUGAAACACCACUCGAAAGUAUUCAAUUCUUGUUCGAUCAACUUGAUUCGAAUUCGACAUCAUAUUCAAUCUUGGUGAUAUUCAGCUUAAUCGAUGACACUAAUACACGAACAGUAUCAAAUGCAACAUCGGGACUAAUAUACAUAGGUGGAAAUAAUGGUCAGGGUAAACUUAUCUCUAAUUCUUUUCUAUUAUUAUUGCUUAUAUUAUUUAUCCUCUACAAUACUAUUUUAUAAUGUAUAAUUUUUUGAAACUUUUUUUUUUAAUUUUCUGCAUUUUUUGAUUUCAAUAUUAUUUUUUGAAUCUUUAUAUGGUUUGAUAGAACAUUGAUUACUCUGUGGAAUUGUAUCCAUUUUGCUUCAUAUUUACGCAUCUAAGAAAAAAAAUUAAUAAAUUUCAAAAAUCGGUAUAAGAAAACGUUUAUAAGUUCAUGUACCAAUUCUAAAUAUUAUAAGAGAAACAUUUAUGUUUAUGCAUUUGAGUUUUUCAGCAGAGAAAUGAAUGAGACAGAAUUAAAGAAAUCUAAUUACUAGUUCGUGGAAAAUUAUCACACACAAAACAUCCAACGUUUUUCGAAAAAUAACCACUUAUUCGUCUAUUACCGAUAAACAUGUAAUAUAUGAAAUCAAUAUUUCUAAAGUCAUGAUAAAAAAAUCAGACCAAUAACGACAGAUCAUAGAUAAAUGUAAACUAAAUAAAUCAAUAAACUGUCCGAGACCGAGAGAGUAACUGAAAGUAAAUCCUUUUGAUCUUUGAUACUAAUCAACAACACUUUCUAUCUCAAUGAAAGAAGAUAGAGAAAACAUAGGUUAUUAAUUUAGUUUUUUUCUUAUUUACAACAAAAUGAAACUAUUAAUUGUGAAGACCUAGAUAUAUAGUAUUUUUCGAUGAUAAAAAUAAUGCAUUAUUUCAUUUAGUCACAAUACGAUAUUCAUUUUCAGCAGAACCAUGCUAUACGGAUAUCCAUCUAUAAUACUAUUUAAAUUAACUUCGAUAUUGACUCCUCAUAUAGGUAAAUUGUUACACACACUUAUUAUGCAAAGAUUAUGUAUUAUGCAUGUUUAGGGUACUCGAUGUAUUGUUCUAUAUACAAAUCAGACAAAGAAAUAAUCGUUUCUCUUCCUUUCUUUGUUCAUAUUAAUCCUGAAGAACGACGAGACAUAUCUUACGCAUCGGUUGAUAAUUGAGGUACAGUAGUUUGACUUUAUAUAUUUCACCAAGAAUUCAUUCUUCAUUCAAUUUUCUGCUUGAAAAAAUUGGAGGCACUAUCUAUCAUAUCUCCCAAUUUCAAUAUUCCAGCUGACAUUGGUCGACUGAAUCCAAUUCUAAGAUGAUUAACUGUCGUCGAUCUUAAUAAGUCACAAAAAAUUCUACCAAUUGAAUUAUUCAUAUUGAACAAUUUGGAGAAACUUAAUCUUAUUAAUUGCGAUACUGAAAUUCUUCCAGAUGUAAUUGGCAACUUAAGAGAGGGUCCGCGAGAGGACCACCCUAGGUCGCCGGGGAAAAAAAUUUUUUUUUCGAUUUUAUUUUCUUAAAUGAUAGAUCUAGGCAACCUAUAGUUAAAUCCAAAAUAUUAGGUCAUUUGAUUUUACCUAUGAAAAAUGCGAGCUAAAACAAGUGUAAGGGGGUCAAUUUUGACCCUAAAAAUCCGCUAAAAAUGGGUGUGCUCAGUAUUUUGACAUUUUCUCAUGAAUAGUUUGACAGUUUGAGAUCGGCCACAUCUCAUUAGAUAGGGAACAGUAUAGGCUACAAAUUUAUCCAAUUUUGAUGAUUCAUAUCUGGAAUAAAAGAAACGCUAUAGAUAAAAAAUCUUCGAAAUCUCAAGAAAUCCUACAUUCUGGGAUAGCAGUAUUUUUGGCUUUUCUUGAGUGGUGCAAGCGGUCCCAAACUUCUUUUUUUACCAGACAUAGAUCUCUUCAAGGUACAUCUUUUGACAUUAAAUUGUCAGGACAAAAAAACUCGGGGGCCAAGUUAGCAUGGACCACACUGUGGUCGGUCCUACCUAGUCAGCAUUGAUCCUACCCCACAAAAACAUACAAUUUCUACAGAAAUCACAAAAAUGGACUUCAGAUUCGUGUUCAGCUUGAAAAACUGACUUAGAUAGGAUAUUUUAAAUUGAUUCCUUACUUGCACCAAGCGUGUUCAAGAUCAUGGGCCCACCUCAUGGAUAUAUGCUAGAUAUAUACCAGGGUGUUUUGAUAAUAAUU